AUGGGUCUGUUCUUCCCCGUGGAUCCGGCGCCUGGUGCGAAGAUUGGCGGGAUGAUUGCAAUGUCCUGCUCAGGCACCAACGCAUACCGCUACGGCACUAUGAAGGAAUGGGUUAUCUCCCUGACUGCUGUCCUUGCUGACGGCACUGUCAUCACAACCCGUAAACGCCCUCGUAAAUCCUCUGCUGGAUACGACCUCACGCACCUUAUCAUCGGCUCCGAAGGCACACUGGCCCUGGUUACGGAAGCGGUAUUGAAAGUCACGCCCCUGCCAACAAAUCUGCACGUCGGCAAAGCGACUUUCCCUUCCUUACAAGCAGGCGUCGACACCGCGAUCGCUAUACUCAAAAGCGGACAUUUACUUGAAGCUAUUGAACUCGCCGACAAACCCUCCAUUGCAUCCAUCAACCACUCCAAACUCGCAAAAGAGCACUUUGAAGAAACCCCUACGAUGUUCGUCAAGUUUGCUGGUUCCCAAGAGACAGUGUCCUCACAGAUCUCUUUCGUCAAGAACACAUGUAAAGACAACAAGGGACUGGAGUUCGAAGCAUCAAGCGACAAGCGGAGGAUAGACGUCAUAUGGGGUGCUCGCAAAUGCAUCGGCAAUGCCCUAGUCACGAUGAAGAAAGCUCCUACUGACAUAUUCAUCAGCACAGACGCUGCGGUGCCGAUCAGUGCUAUGGCGGAGCUUAUCAAGGAGACGAAUAAUAUCAUCGAGUCGCAACCUUUUGACACAUCGACUUGGUUCUGCGCUAAUGUCGGGCACGUAGGAGAUGGGAAUGUGCAUACUGCUAUUGUGUGUCCGGUCGAGGACAAGGAGAAGGCAGAGCAGGUGCUUGUGGAGGUACAGAGGCUGGCGUUGAGGUUGGAGGGCACGAUUACGGGGGAGCAUGGAGUGGGGCUGAAGUUGAGGGAUAUGCUGGUUGAGGAGGUGGGUGAGGCUGGUGUUGGGGUUAUGCGAGCGUUGAAGAAGACGUUGGAUCCGAGGGGGAUUCUGAAUCCUGAUAAGGUGUUUAGAUUAGAAGGGGAGAAGGGCGCGAGGACGGGGAGGCUAGAGAAGUUGUAG